AUGGAAGCGCUUAUGCCCCAGGCUAUCAGGGACACCGCGACCUUCCGGAAGACGUCGGUGCCCUGGACCUUGGACGAGCCUUAUACCCAGACUUACUAUGACUUUGACCCCGCAACUUCCACCUGGGUCUCCAAGUCGCCAUCCGCCCUCGGAAGCUCGAGUAGCAAUGAUAGUACUAGCCUAGACAUUACUGCUAUUGCGCUCUAUACGUGGAACAUUGACUUUAUCCUUCCCUUCGCCGCAGCCCGCAUGCGACCAGCGCUUGCACAACUUGACCGACUCACGCACCUUCUCCCUUUAAACGUCGCCCCUGUUAUCUUUCUCCAAGAAUGCACCCAUUCUGACUUUGAAAUAAUUGCCGCGACUCCGUGGGUGCAAGCCCAUUUCCAUCUUACGGAUAUUGACACCACCAACUGGGCCACCACGCAGUAUGGCACUACCGUCCUUGUCAGCAGGCGUCUGCCUAUUACGUCUGUCUUUCGUGUCCACUACUCCCACACACGCAUGGAUCGCGAUGCGCUUUUCGUCGACGUCUCUAUUGGGCUUAAUGAGAAGCGAAUCCGCCUCUGCAAUACGCACCUAGAGUCCAUGGCACUUGACCCUCCGUACCGCCCACCGCAGAUGCAGCUAGUCGCUCAGUAUAUGCAUCACGAUGGGGUGCACGCUGCUCUCGCCGCCGGUGACUUCAACGCAAUCCAGCCGGUUGAUCGCAUAUUGCAUGCGGACAAUAAUCUCAAGGACGCAUUCCUAGAAUUAGGCGGGCAGGAGGACACCGAGGAAGGAUAUACGUGGGGCCAGCAAGCAACAACAAACCAGCGCGCGCAGUUUGGGUGUUCUAGAAUGGACAAGGUCUAUUUCCGAGGGUCUGUCAAGCUACUGAAGUUUGAGAGAUUUGGAGAAGGAAUCCUGGCAGAAGGGGAUGAAGAAAGGAGGCAGAUCGUGGAGCUGGGAUUCAAGAAGCCCUGGAUUACGGAUCACCUGGGGGUUAUGGCGGUAGUGGAUGUUUUGCUUAGCACGAAGGGGCAGCUUUGA